AUGCGAUACACGCUCCCACUGACCAGAACUCACGUUGCGCCCAAUGGCCUCGCGUGUCUACUGACUCUUUCGAUACUGACCUUUCCUCACUCACAAAUAUCUCAAUCCUUGCCAUAUCUCGGUCGAAACAGCGAGGCAACCACAUACCUUGCUUCUCUCGCCGUCAGCAACCAUACGCUCGGCUUCCAAAAGAUCUUCGUCAUCAACCUUCCCGCCCGCACCGACAAGAAAGACACCAUCACCCUCACCUCCGCCCUCACCGGCUUUAACGUCGAAUGGCUCCCAGCCGUCUUAGCCGAAGAAGUCUCUGCCAAAGCCGCUCCUCCAACGUGGAACUACACGCUCCAAACCCCUGGCGCUCUGGGCAGCUGGCGGGCACACAUGAACGCAGUGCAGCACGUCCUCCACAACCGCCUCCCCACCGCCCUCAUCCUUGAAGACGACGCCGACUGGGACGUCCUUCUCAAGUCUCAACUCCACCAACUGUCUGACGCCAUGUAUAAGCUCAGCUACACCACCCAAUCCGAGCCCAGCAACCCGUACACCCUCAACUGGGACCUCCUCUGGCUAGGCCACUGCCGCGCCGGUCCAUCCUCCCUGCCCCAACAAAUCUACACCAUCCCCAACGACCUAACGGUCCCGCCCAUCCCCCACCGUCGCGCCAAGUGGCGUCAGCAACACAUUCCCCUCUUCAUCCGCCAAAACUCCACCCGCGUCAUGUUCCGCGCCUACGCAGGCAUGUGCAUCGGCGCAUACGCCAUCAGUCGCUCCGGUGCUCAAAAAAUCUUGCACGGCAUGAGUCUGAGCAGCCAGAACAACCCCGCAGACGUGUCCUUUUCUAGUCUUUGUCGCGGCAAGCUCACCGUCGACGAGUUCAGAUGUUUUGCGACGUACCCGCCGCUGUUUGGUAGUCAUCGUGCGGAAGGAAUGCGGAACCGGGACUCGGACCUCAACGACAUCACUGAAACGAAUGGGGGCGAAAGCUGGCAUGGGGAGUAUACGUGGGAUGUUGUGUAUCCGGCAGCGAUGAAUGUUGGAAGGUGGGUUACGGGGUUAGGGACGGCGAAAGCGCAAUGA